AUGUCGAAUCCUUCAGAGCCCGCCAGCGAUGGCAAGGGUCGUCUUCUGCUCGUUUCCAACCGUCUACCCAUCACCAUCAAGCGCUCCGAUGACGCUACCUACGACUUCUCCAUGUCCUCCGGUGGUCUAGUCAGUGGUCUCUCCGGACUCGCAAAGACGACAAAGUUCCAGUGGUAUGGCUGGCCCGGUAUUCAGGUUCCUCAGAACGAGAUCGGUCUCGUCAAGGACAGACUAUGGAAAGAGUAUGGCGCAGUCCCCAUCUUCAUGGACGAUGAACUGGCCGACAGACAUUACAAUGGCUUCUCUAACUCAAUCCUCUGGCCCCUCUUCCACUACCACCCCGGUGAGAUCACCUUCGACGAGUCCGCCUGGAAUGCAUACAAGGAAGCCAACCGUCUGUUCGCAAAGGAGAUCGCAAAGGACGUACAAGAUAAUGAUCUGAUCUGGGUUCACGACUACCAUCUCAUGCUUCUGCCCGCUAUGCUCCGCGAAGAGAUUGGCGACUCGAAGCGCAACGUCAAGUUCGGCUUCUUCCUCCACACUCCCUUCCCCAGUAGCGAGAUCUACAGAAUCUUGCCUGUCCGUAACGAGAUUCUCAACGGUGUACUGCACUGCGACUUGAUCGGAUUCCACACCUAUGAUUAUGCUAGACACUUCCUCAGCAGUUGUUCCAGAAUCCUUGGACUGCCAACAACGCCCAACACGGUCGAGUUCCAGGGCAAGGUCGUCACCGUCGGUGCAUUCCCCAUCGGUAUUGAUCCCGAGAAGUUCGAAGAAGGCCUCAAGAAGCCUAAGGUUGCCGAGCGUAUCCAGACACUCGAGAAGAAGUUCCAAGGCGUCAAGCUGAUUGUCGGUGUUGAUCGUCUCGAUUACAUCAAGGGUGUUCCUCAGAAGCUCCACGCUCUCGAGGUUUUCCUGACAGAACACCCCGAAUGGAUCGGCAAGGUUGUGCUGGUUCAGGUUGCCGUCCCUUCGAGACAGGACGUUGAGGAGUAUCAGAACCUCCGUGCUGUUGUCAACGAACUUGUCGGCAGAAUCAACGGCAAAUUCGGAACCAUCGAAUUCAUGCCCAUCCACUUCAUGCACAAGUCAGUCUCUUUCGACGAGCUGAUCGCACUUUACGCUGUCAGUGAUGUCUGUCUCGUUUCUUCGACCAGAGACGGCAUGAACCUCGUCUCGUACGAAUACAUUGCAACUCAGCAGAAGCGCCACGGUUCCAUGAUCUUGUCCGAAUUCACCGGUGCAGCUCAGAGUCUCAACGGCAGCAUCAUCGUCAACCCCUGGAACACGGAAGAACUGGCCGAUGCCAUCCACGACGCUGUCACCAUGGGAGACGAGCAGAGAAGCAUCAAUUACCACAAGCUCGCCAAAUACGUCAACAAAUACACCAGUGCUUGGUGGGGCGAGUCUUUCGUCAAUGAACUCACCAGAAUCUCUGAGCAGGCCGAGAAGAAGAUCAAGGUCAAGCAGUCUGCGCUUGAUGGAAAGCUGCACGAAGAGACUACUCAAAAGAGCACUGCCAACCAGGACAACGAAGGCACUGGCUCUGGUUUGAACUCUGGCACAAACUCUGGUACCUCGACCCCCAGGAGACCUGACGCAAAGAGAGCCCAGACCGCUCUCUAA